AUGAUGAUGAACACCCUGGCUGAACAUGAUGCAGCUGGCCUUUCAACAACGAUUAUGCCCUUUGCGCAGUUGCCCGCGUGCGCUGAGAAAUGUGGCCCCCUCUUCGACGCCAACGGUGCCUGCGUCCCUCCUGCCGUCCCGGCGGCUGACGCCAACACCUACGACAGGUGUUUCUGUAGCCAAGGCGCUCUGAAAGCCUUUUCCACUGCAGCGGCGGGUGUCUGUCCUGCCGCGGGAUGUGAUGACGCCGGCUUCACUAGUAUCCAGGGAUGGUACACCUCGUUCUGUAAUUCCGUCACCGGCGGCGCUGCCACUGCGUCUGCUUCAUCCUCGGCAGGAGCCACCCCAACAAGCGGAGCUUCAAAAGGGUCCAACAGCGGAAAUGGCGGCGAUUGGCUCUCUAAUCACUGGAAAUGGGUCGUCAUGCUUGUAAUCCUCGUCGUCGCCAUUGCUGGCAUCUGGGUUGGUGCAUGCAUUUGGCGCCGGCGCUACCUCCGUCGCAAGGACCGCAUGUACGAGCUCGGCAAACACGCCCAUAAGGGACCCAGCGGCAUCAUCGCUGGCUCCGGUGUCAAUGUCAACCAGGCUGGUCUCGUCAAUGCUCCUGGCCAAUUCAUGUCUGGCCCGCCGCCGGCCGUAUACGAUGAGAAGCCCCCCAAGGAGAAAAAGAAGUGGGUUGUCAACGAGCGGACAUAG